AUGUUGGUGGUACACGAUGAAGACCAAAUACAGAGCUUGAAGGAAAUAUUUAACACAUAUGCACCGAGACACCAGGAGAUGUAUCUUCUGAUGGACCGGCUAGAGAAAUACUGCAUACGUGAUUCAAUUGAAGGCGAAAACCAUUUCUCGCGUGUUACACAGGAUGUCAUUGCAGCGCUACCAAACCUCACUCGGUUCAAGAUCGUCCUACCUUACCAAACCGGCGAAACCGUACGACGCCCGGCAAUCAAAGUGCUUUCGUCCACCCUUGCUCUACUAGCCAAACGGAACGAAGAGCAUCAACGACUCGAGACGCUGGUUCUUGAUUAUGUCAGUGACAUUGUGAUCAAUAACAUCUUUCGUAACCACAUAGAUGUCCAAAAUGCGUGUAGAGUUUUCUCGGAACUCGACACCCUGACAAUCACCAUAACGAAGCGGGAAGUCAGGUCGUCGAGUUUCGGCAAAAAUCUCUGGUUUCUGAUUGAGAAAGCUGCCCAUUUAAAGAGUCUUUGCCUGGUUGGGUGGGCCGGUGAAAAAUGGAUUAACAGGUCACAUAUCUUUACGGUAGAAUUGGAAACGUGGGAGAGACGGUGUUUUCCGUAUCCACUGGAUUCCACCAGGGAGAUAAAGACUCUUCGAACUCUUGAGCUCCGAAAACUUCGUAUGCAUCCGGAUGAGCUUUUGAGAUUAAUCGAAGAUUGCUCGUCGACCUUGCAAGAGCUUUAUCUUGUUAUGGUGGGUCUCAAAAUCGACGAGGAAGAGCAAGGAGAAAAUGUCCCCCUGUGGGUUGGCUAUCCCGAGGACGGAGACUCGACUUCGGCAAUACGGAUUGCACGCCGCUUACGACAGAUGAGAAACCUCAAAUUGUCUGUUUUGCGUGCUACCUUUCUAUCUUAUAGUGAUUGUGGUUUGGCUGUUUGGGACACGCCCCCAGAGUCAGCUCAUCCUGAUCUUGAUCGUGUGGAUACGACAGGCGGAAACAAAAGUCUUGAACAACGCUUUGUGGAAGCAGUGAUGCAUCCUGACAUAAAGGUCGCUGUCCCUCAACCGGCCGCCGAGCAGCAGGAAACGGCCUCGCCGACUUCCUCUGGGAAGCAAAAAGUAGAGAUUCGUCGUACGAAGAAAGAGGAAGACAUGAUAAACUGCCUCGACACGGUUCUGGCCCCAUUGGGUAACCUCUCUGUACAACCAUGGGCUGUUGCACAAACCGAGCUAGAAGAUUCCAUCGCCGGAAUGAUCGCUGUGUCUAAGCCAGCUCCGCCGCCACUUAGGCUCAUCGACUAUGACGCAAAUGCUUUCCAAGCUGAAUAUAAAACUCUGCCGGAUUACAAAAGCAGUAUCGACGGACUUUUCGACGACCACCUCGAGCUUGGACACAGAGAACUGCGGAAAAUGAUUCGUAUCAUGGACAGAGGCAUGGAAAUUAUAGACCGGGAUUCUGCGAGACCGAAUGGGCUCGAUGUUGAAAAUGAGAGGGUGUUGGCAGAUGAUGGGGCUAACGCGACGAGUAAUGGGGCAGGUCGGGAGGAGGAAGACGGAAAUGUUGAUCCUGAGGAUAUUGAGAUCGAGUACAGUGAGAAUGACUUGGAUAGUGACUGGGAGAUAGACGAAGAGGACAUCUAG